AUGGCCUCACAUUGGAACACGUACGGUGGCGAGGCCUCUGGCCAGAGCCCACCGCUACCGCCAAGACCUCAACAACAACAACAGCGACAGCAACAACAAACACAACAACCCUUUUAUCCACCGCCACCUUCGGCACCGACCCAGUACAACCAGUAUGGCAGCGCACCCAAUCAGUACGGCAGCACGCCUUACCAGACUACCCCCCCGCCUAGUCCGGGCAUGCGUGACCGUCUGUACCAGCUGAGCAUAAAGGCCGGUGGGCCGAUCAACCGGCUCACCCACAAGCUGGGCUCCGAGGCAUUCUGGCCGUCGUCCCUCGACCAGGAGAGCAACAAGGCAGCUCGGAUACUGAGGUCGUUUUGUCACGACGGCUUCUACACGGACAGGCCGGAGGAUGGUGCGGCGCCUGGGCCCAAGGGCAAGCCGACCAAGACGCUGGUCAAGAUCCCGGCCUCCGUGAUCCGGUCGGCCGCCGGUCUGGCCAUUUUCACCACCUUCCGCAGCGCUCUGCACCUCUCCGGUGCCGGUGGCUCUGGCAUCGUGGUCGCCCGUCUGCCAGACGGCAGCUGGUCGCCGCCCUCGGGCUUCCUCGUCCAUACACUAGGCGCUGGCUUCAUGAUCGGCCUCGACAUCUACGACUGCGUCUGUGUACUGCGCACUCCGGCUGCCGUGCAGGCCUUCACGCACCCACGCCUGUCGCUCGGCGGCGAGAUCGGCCUCGUGGCCGGGCCUGUCGGUGCUGGCGGCGCCGUGGAGGCUGCUCUCGCCAAGGCUGGCGCUAGGCCCAUCUUCUGCUACAUGAAGAGCCGCGGCCUCUAUGUCGGCAUCCAGGCCGACGGCACCAUCAUCGUCGGCCGUCCCGAUGCUAACGCUGAGUUCUACGGCCAGCGCGGAAUCUCCGUCGACCAGAUCCUUUCUGGCCGCGUGCCCUGGCCGCAGCAGCCGCCGUCUGGCUUUGCUGUCAAUAGCACCGGGGCUUCCACCAUCCCCCCUUGGCCAGUUGCUGUCCGCCAGCUCAUGGAGGUCCUCAAGGCCGCAGAGGGCCGCCAGGACAUCGACUACGGCCUGCUGCGGGAUGUCGGCGCUGGCCCCACGCCAGGUGAUCUCGGCCUGGCCGAUUCAGACCACUACGAACAUCCUCCUGCUGGCGAGUACAAGGGCAGAUGGGCUUGA